CUCAUGUCGUCUAAUUUAGGUGACCUCAAAGUCCUUCCCGAAUACGCCAGUGCUACAAGCCGUGCUGGAAAUACGCGAACUUAUUGAAUAAAUAACAUCCAUUUCUACAGUUAAUGUGCUUUUUAUUUUAUUGCAGUAGGUAUAUAUAGAACCAAAAAUACAUUGCAAUCUUAUCUGUAAUCUCUGUUUGAGGAAAAUCGACAGCAAAGUGAAAUAACCUGUGUUUCAACCAACUAAUGUAGAAUUGCUCCACAGGCUAUAAUCUGGUUCGCGAUGACAUCUUGGCAACAUCGAUCCACGAUGACAGAUUACGUCAUUGAAUUGUCAAGUGCCAUCAGUGUGUCUGUGUGUCAGUUGUGGUUAUGUUAUUUGUUGUAUGAAAUAAUAUUCUAAAUUUUCUUCAAUAAGUUGAGAAUACUAGAGAAUUAUGACAGAAAAACUAACAACGAUUCAAGAAAAGCUUGUGACAAACGGCACAAUAAAUUCCAAGGAUGCCAAUCAAACAAGAACGAAGUCUGGGCUUAUGAAACUAUCUAGUUAUGUGUUGGCCCUUCGCCCUUGGUCUCUAAGUGGCAGUUUGAUGCCCACGUUAUUAGGAUCAACAAUAGCAUACAAAUGCUCAGGCAAUGCAGAAUUUAACUACAUUACACUAUUAUUAACAGUAUUAACAGUUGUGUCUGUCCAUGGUGCAGGCAAUGUGGUCAACACUUACUUUGACUAUGUGAAAGGAAUAGACAAUAGGAAAUCAGAUGAUAGGAUUCUUGUUGACCACAUACUCACAAAAGAUGAGGUGGUAUCAUUAGGAGCAUUGCUUUAUUUUGCUGGAUGUGUAGGAUUCAUUUUACUAGCCACCAUUUCUCCUGCAAAAAUGGAACAUCUAGCACUAGUUUACUUUGGAGGACUUUCUUCUAGUUUUCUUUAUACUGGAGGUAUUGGCUUCAAAUAUAUAGCAUUGGGAGAUGUGCUCAUUUUGAUUAUUUUUGGACCCAUUUCUGUUCUUUUUGCAUUUAUGUCACAGACUGGAAGAUUGGAAUGGGCAACAAUAUACUAUGCUAUACCACUGGCUCUUAAUACUGAAGCAAUUUUACACAGCAACAACACAAGAGACUUGGAAUCAGACAAGAAAGUGGGGAUAGUGACUCUGGCCAUAAUAAUCGGUCACACAGCUUCUCACGUCCUCUACGCUUUCCUGCUAUUCACUCCUUACAUAAUGUUCAUGGUGGCUUCUCUGAAAUACUCUAAAUGGUUCAUGCUGCCUCUAGUUACCCUGCCCAGCGCGUUUAGAAUCGAGAAACAGUUCCGCAGCAAUGACAUGCACACCGUGCCCAAGAAGACUGCCAAGUUGAAUCUGUUUUUUGGUGUGUUGUAUGUUCUGGCAUGCAGCAUGGUUCCGUCGUUACCGUACAUAUCGAACAGAUAGAUGAUCGAGUGUGUUAUUGUAUUGUUUGUUUGUGGUAGAGCAUUUUUCAUUGUUCUCAAGAAUUUGUUGAAACUCUAAUCUCAGUUUACUGGUCGAAGACUAUUAGACAAAUGACAACUCGGUGAUUAUACUGGAUGUUUCAAGAUUGAAACUAAUUGAAUAAACAUUAUUUAUAGCCACUGUAAAUACAUUUGUUUUUAAUAUAGGGACAUAAUGUCAAAAAUACCAUUCAAAGUAUUCACAAAACUAUUGAUUCUACAAUAAACUGAUUGAUGAAUUUCAUUUUCUACAUGUUUUUAGUUAUCCAUUUUAUAGUAAUAUGACAUUUUCUCAUGUGGCUUUUCAAACGCCAGUAAAGUCAUCAAUUCAUUGUCUGUGGUAUUUACUUGUCAGAUAAUUGUGGCAUGUGCUGUAGGGACAACUAUAGAAUGGGUUUCAUAAAUUACACUGAAUUUUAGCGAGGUAUCAUUUUGAUAAUGUAUGAUGAAAAUAUUUUUAUCUUUCAUUCAGGAUGUCAGUCAUAUGAAGCAAAAAGGAUCUUGAUCCUUGAAGUAACGUUGAAAAAUGAAUGUUUUUAAUUUCUACAUUCUAUUUAAAGAUUAAUUCCUAUGGCGGACAAGAUUCUCAUUCAAAUUCGGCCAUUUUUAAAUCUUAGUUGGAAUAUUUUAAUACAUAUUUGGAUUAUUAAUAUGCAAAAUUAUGUUAUAUGGUGCUUACGUUCUGAAACUUUACAUUUAUAGCGAGAGUGAUCUAGUAUAGACUAUAAGAGAUGUAUUUUGUAUAUAUUGCUUUAUGAUUUAAUUAAUAAACUUCGUCACAACUGUGGGUACAAUUCUUGAAAACAUAUGGUUCAAUAUUUCAGUUUCACAUAUCAUUUCACUUUUAUACACUCCAAAGUUAGGAUGUGGGGAUCUCAAGGAAUUUCCUUCUCUAUUGAAUAAUUAUGUAGGUAUCUAUAAACACUUUUACUUUCCACACCUACUGGCGGGGAAGUAUUGUGAUCGCGAGAAUUGUUGCACAUCAAAUAACAUCUGUAUUUUCAAUUUCAAUGGUAAAGAGGAAAUUGUCGAGUUGCAAUAUAUUGACACCAUUUAAUUCCUGUUUUUUAAACUUCUACCAUAUGUCUAUAAGUUUUUUUAUCAAAUGCUUUAAUGAGUAGUAGAUUUACUACUAUUAUGCGACUUUGAUAUUAUUUACACCAUGAGAAUGUUUAUAAACUUAUUUAUUUGUAUUUGUCACGUCACCACAUCUUGAUUUGACAGACAAUAAUGUAAACUGAUGAAUCCAUAAUUAUAGCUGCUAUACAUAUAGAAAAAUACAAUUAUAGUAUAUGUUGUAUACAGAGUCUAUUUAUUUUUAAGAUAUGAGACUUUAUUAAAUAAUAUUAUUUAUUUACUUGCGACUUUUUCGUAAACAAAAUAUUUUUAGAAGAAUUGAGAUAGUGUCAUAUAGAAUCAUACAUGAUUCGAGUUUUGGCAUUUUGUAGAAAACUAAGUUGAAAGAAAGGGAUGUAGAGAAAAGGUAUAAGUUUUGGUAUGGUACUAACUAUUGCUGUGGUGUCUGUUGAAGUACAACAGCUAGCAACUGUGGCACAGAGGAUAAGUUGAAUAUAUAUUCAAACUGGAAGUUGCCCAUUCAUCAUGUAGACCCCUGACACGCCAUCGCGUGAAUUCGCGACGUACCAACUGUCGAUCUUAUUUUUACAUCGCUGAAGAAACGGUUAAUUUUUAACAAACAGUAUAUUAAAUUUUGUAGUUUAUAUAUUACGAAGAAUAUUUGAGUAGAUAUCAAUAGCUGUAUCUUGUAAGUAUUUAGACUACCCGUCAAAUUCAAGGUUAAACUCGCAUGGAAACCGAUCUAUAUGAUAAGUUUGUGGAAAAAUUCGACACAUGUUGGUAGUACCAUUGAAAUUGUACCACCAUUCUCAUAGUGAUUCAAAGUGGCAACACUGCUCGAUGCUCUCUAUUCACUGAAGGUUGGUGCUGCAGUGUUUCACUUUCACUUCCAAUGGUACAUAUUGUGAGUAUCUACCUUACUGUCGAAGUAAGUUGAAAGAAAGUUCAAUCUGUUAAGCAUAUAUGAUGCAGGUAUAUCCUUCAUUUUGGCGACUAGUUUAGGAGAAACUCAUCCAAUUAUUAUAUAUGGUUAAUUAUAAGAAUCAAUUUAUUCCUAAACAAAUCAGCAUCUUCCAUUAGUACCUAAGACCUUCGAAUAGUAUAGUUUUUGACGAAUGUUUUUUCAUGAACUUUUUAUCUAUGAGAAAAAAUUUUAAGUAUAAUGGGCAUAGUGACAAUAAAUCACAAGUCUGUGAAUAUUAUUCUCCUAUCACAGUACACUAAAAAUAAUGCGGUGUUUUAAGAACUUAGGAUUUUCACAUGCAUUGUACACUUCUACACAAAUAUAGACAACCUAUAAUCGAAAAAUCUUAUAUCCCCCUAUAAGCUGUGCUUUUUCUAGAAAAGGUGCUUUAGAAAGAUGAAAUAAUAUCACUAAUACUAACUAAUACUGUCAAAACACUACAAACCAAAAAUAAAAUGAGUCAUUAAUUUAUGUGUAUUUGAUUUUUCCCCAAUUACUUUACAAUAUAGAUACUUAUGCAUUUUAAACAGUAAAUAAAUUGAUUACAAAUAGUACACAAGAAAGGGCUGAAGAACUCACAAAGCAAGCGGAGACAGCUGCAUUGCACAAUACAUAGAGCUAUACCAAAUAA